AUGUCUACCAUCAUCAGGCACUACACUACCAUGUCCUCCUCCUCUGUGAAGGGACCUGUAGGUUUUAGUGGGGAAAAGCUGGUCCAUCUUGGUAGAGGUUGCCGAGCCUCAAGCAGUCAUGGUGGGGCUAGUGGCAUUUCUGGCGCCACUACUCACUGUGUCUCCGGGAUUGGAAACACCCUUGGUGGUGGCUAUGGGGGCAUUAGCUACUGCAACAGCUUUACUGGUGGCCUGGGGGGAGGCCUUGGUGGGGGCUUUAGUGGAAGCUUUGGAGGAGGAUUUACUGGUGGCUUUAUGGGUAGAAGUGGAAGUGAUAUCCUUCUGGCCGGGGGUGAGAAGGAAACCAUGCAGAACCUCAAUGACCGCCUGGCUGCCUACCUGGACAAGGUGCGGGCAUUGGAGGAAGCCAAUACCAGCCUGGAGGUCAAGAUCAAGGAGUGGUACCAGAAGCAGGAACCUGGUCCAGACUGUGACUACAGCCCCUAUUUCAGGACAAUUGAGGACCUGAGGAGCAAGAUUCUUUCUGCCACAGUUGAGAAUGCCGGUGUCCUCUUACAGAUUGAUAAUGCAAAGUUGACUGCUGAUGAUUUCAAAAUCAAGCUUGAGACAGAACAGGCAUUGCGCAAGAAUGUUGAAUCUGACAUCAAUGGCUUGCGCAAUGUUCUAGAUGACCUAACCUCAACCAGAAUUCACCUAGAAAAGGAUCUUGAACUUCUCACUGAGGAGUUGCUUCACUUGAAGAAGAAUCACGAAGAGGAAAUGAGGCUUCUUCGAAGCCAGAUGGGUGGAGAAAUCACUGUGGAAAUGGAUGCUGCUCCUGGUGUGGACCUGACGAAGAUCCUAGCAGAGAUGCGUGAACAGUAUGAGAACCUGGCAGAGAAGAACCGCAGAGAUGCUGAGCAGUGGUUCUUCACCAAGACCGAAGAGCUGAAUCGCGAAGUUGCCAUCAAUACAGAGCAACUGCAGAGUGGCAAAUCUGAAGUCAUCGAACUGCGACGCACCCUCCAAGGCUUGGAGAUAAACCUGCAGGCCCAGCUUAGCACGAAAGCAGCACUGGAAGGGACUUUAGCAGACAUAGAAUCUCGCUAUGGUAUUCAGCUUGCCCAGAUCCAGGCUCUGAUUAUCAAUGUGGAAGAGGAGUUGGCCAUCUUGAGAUGUGAUAUGGAGCGCCAGAACCAUGAGUAUAAAAUACUCCUUGAUGUCAAGACACGUCUGGAACAGGAGAUUGCCACCUACUGUCGUCUGCUGGAGGGAGAGGAAGCUUAUAUUUCUUCCCAGUACUCAUCAGCCAUAGCUAACCGAGAGGGUAAGGAUCUAUUGGAAUUCUGA